AUGCAAGAGAUUCAGCCACAUGAAGAUGAACAUUUAGAAGAAAACUUGAGUCACAUGCCAUGUAUUGAUGAACCGAAGAUCGGUAUGAUGUUCAAAAGUUUGGAGGAAGCAAUGAAUUAUUAUAGUGCUUAUGCAAAAUUCAUUGGGUUUGGGAUUAGAAAAGGAUCUAAUUAUUUGUCUAAGAGAAAGAAUGUCAUCACAAUGCAAGUACUUACUUGCUCUCAUGAGAGGUUUUCUAAAAGCAAAAGGAAGGAGCCAUUACUUAGGGAUAACACAUUCGAGAAAAGUCCUUUGAAAGAGAUAUCUAGCAUUCGAACUGGUUGCAAAGCAAGUAUGCGUGUGAAAUUAGAUGAUGGAAAAAAUUGGAUCAUAUCAUCAUUUGAGAAGAAGCACAACCAUGAAUUAGUACCGAGCCCCUCAAAAUCUCGUUUCUAUCGGUGUCGGCGAAAGAUUGGAGAUGAAGAAGCCGACCUUAUACCCGAGCCCCUCAAAAUCUCGUUUCUAUCGGUGUCGGCGAAAGAUUGGAGAUGA